UUUUUCUAGCCUUUAUUCCUAGCCAUUUUUUCUUUUUGAACAUUUCUUUAUCUCCUAAUUCAUCAAUAUGUGUUGAAGAAUUAAGAAUUAUUCCUUUUAAAUUGUUAAUUUGAAGAUUUGUACCGCGAAUUUUGUAUCGAAUUUAAGGUAACUUCGCAUUCAAGUUUCUAAUAUAUUUGUUGAAAAUUACCUUUAAACAUACAUUCUUAUUAUUGUUAAUUUUGUUAUAAAUUCACCUCUUAAUUUUUUAUUUUUUAUUUUUGAAAAAGGAAAAUGCAAAAUGCUUGUUUAUGUGCUCAAUGAAAUAUGAAAACAUGGAAACAUGUUUACAAUAUUUCCAGAAAUGAGGAGAAAUAAAAGGUCAACUCAUAAAAACAAGGAGAAAAAACUAUCAUGGAAAAGUUCAAACAUUUCCAUGUUUUAAUGAAAAUGACUAUUAAUUAAUCCCAAUUUUUUUAAUUAAAAAUAUGAUUAACUUAAUCUCUUAAAAGUCUUCGUGGUUUCCACUCCAUUAAAAGGGAAUCAAUCAAUCAAUUAAAUUAUAUUUGACAAAAUAUAUGAUUAACCUUUCUUUCAUUACAAGAUCUUGUUAGUUGUAUAGAAAAUGAUGUACUAUAUGCUAUAGUUUUUAUGUAUAAACAUGUAAUAAAAUGCACAAGUUAAAAAACCAUGAACAUGAUUUUUUGUUUUUCCUUUUGCAGAUUUAGGUUCUUAGAUGAACACUUAGCUCAUUUCGAAUUUCGCUAAACUCGAAAUUAAGGCCAUCAUAAUUUGAUAUAGUUGUUGUUGUUGAUCACAAAAGACAAUGUCAAUGAAGGUGAAGGGACUUCUCAAAGGUCUAAGAUACAUUUCAACAAUAUUUGAUGAUGAAGAAGAGGGAGAAAUGCAAAUUGGGUUCCCUACUGAUGUAAAACAUGUUGCCCAUAUUGGUUGGGAUGGUCCAACAGCAAAUUCACCUAGCUGGAUCAGUCAAUUCAAAGAAGGCGAUUCAGAAGGAGGCGGAGGAGGAGGAGGAGGAGGGGGAGGUUCGAAUGGUAAUAAAUAAUACUCCAUUCGUCUCAAAAUAUAUACUCCAUUCGUCUCAAAAUAUAUGUUACCAUGAUAAGAUGUUAAAUGAAAUUGUAAACUAUAUAGGCUUACAUUGGUAUGUUUUUCUUUGUUGGGUAGUUGAUCAGCAACCUGCACCUAGAACACGAGGGGUGUCAGUCCAAGAAAAACGGUUCUCAACAGGCUCGGACUCACCCUUACCCCUUGAGUCCCCCUCUCGAAAGAGGUCCGACAAACCCAAGGGGUCAAGGCGUGCUAACUCAGCCUCUGCAGCUGAUUCACCUAGAAGGUCAUCGACUUCAACAGAAAACAGAACAAAACACCAGCAGCAGCAGCUCUCUGCAGCAGAAGGUGACACAACUACAGCAGGUCCAAAAACCUCCACACGCCGAAAAAAGCCUAAGAGUGGUUCAUCUUCGGGUCAGUCUUCUUCUAAAACAUCAAUCAAGCCAAAAUCCACUGGCCCAUCAUCCGAUACUUCACAGUACUCUGAUCCAGGGACAGGGCGUAGAAAAGGUAAAGAUACUUGUCAGAGUUCAGUUCUGAAAAUAUCAUCUGAACAGGAGGAUCAGAAGGCAUUGGAUGAUAUUUCUAGAGGAAUUCAAGCUAUGUAAAAGUAGUUCCAUAAUUCAUGUGUAAUGUAUAUUUUUUCUGUACACAUAAUCUUUUUUGGCAUAACUUUUGGUUUAGAAUCUAUCUCAUGAUCUAUUCCUUGCAAGUUGCAACAACAGAUUGAUAGUUGUAUUCUUUGAUUCAAGUAAAUAGACACAAGAACUCUUAGCUUGAGGCUCAUUCUUUAA